UUUUGUUAUCAUACCAAGAGGCCUCCUGAAAAAGUACCUCUUCAUGUGAUGUACCUUCAGUAACCAAAGAGAUUCCAUAAAUCCUAUUCUUUUGGUACAAGAUGUAUGAUAGCAGUGGCAGCCAGCCAAUCUGGUGGAAAAACACAAGCAAUUAGUGUAAGGAAACAAGCUAAACAGAUUGACAGGUGCAUAAGGAUUUGUAAGUGUCCUGUUGGGAUAGAUUCAAAGGAUGUGCUUGAAAGAGGUAUUUUUGUGCAUAGAUAUUUUUUUUGGUAACAUAAUGUGUGGACCUACAAAAAGUGUAGUAGGGAAAAUGACAACUGGGGAUAAAAAGCCUUUGUUGCUGACGGGGAACACAAGACUUGAUGCAUUAACUGUAUAUUGAAUUAUUUAGGGAGUGAUAAACAGGAGCUAGACAUAAUAGUAUAAAAAUAUAAUAUCAUGCCUGAUGAGAGGAGGGUGGCAGCAGAAAUUCUACCUUACUCUUUACUAUCCCUCUGGAUUUGAAGCAAAAAAUUGAAAAAAAUUCCAGUUUUACGGGGGAAAAAUUUCCCACCACACACAUAAACCCCAUAAUUUUCUGGAAAGAUUUUUUUUUUUACAUUACUGAAUUUUUAUUAUUUAUUUGUCAAUCUGAAGUCCUGCAAGGAUUGUGGCCAAAAAACCUCGUGUACAGAAAGAAAUAGCUGAAUUGCCACAUAUAAUCAAGAGUUUGUUUAAAAAGAAGACUGAAUUUAGAGUAAUACUGUGUAGAACAAACUGCAGGGCAAGGAAGGACCAGCAAAAGGAAAGAGUUGGAGGUUUAAGAGGUUCUUCUCCAAUUUUGGAGUUGGAGAAAAAGAGGUGAAGGGGUAAAUUAAGGUUGAAUUUCUGGGUCAGGUGGAUGAGGUGGAAGGUUCAGUAAAGAAAAAUAACUGUCUCAUUUGCACGGACAGACUAAAAAGUAGUUUGCAAGACAAGGAUGGCAUAAAUUGAUUGAGAGGUAUGGCUGAUGGCUGGGAGGGUUAAUUUAGGGUUUUUUGUUUAUUUUCUAUCCUUCCUUUAAUUAGAAGGACUUGUUUGGGUGGGACCUAGGAGUAAGUGGGAGGCUGCUCCUGCUGGGGUUGGUGAGGGAAGGUGGCAGCAGGAGGCAGGGAUCCUGCUGAGCACCAGGAGCAUUGGGGAGGCAGUGGGAGAGAGUAGGGACCAAUCUGCUGGUGACACAAAUGACAGAAAAAAUUCCCUACAGGCAGAGGAGGCUGGGCACAGUUUGCUGCAACUCAGAAAGCCACUCAGUUGGCCAAAACUGGGCUGUGAAGCAAGGAUCAGCCUACGUUUGCUGCUGUGAGAAUAACAAAGUUGAAGCAGACUCAGAAGUUGUCUCUCUCAAUUAUCUUGAUGAUUUCCAAUGAUUGAGGGCAUCGAUGUCAAGCUGUUUUUUCUUUCCAGAAUGUAACACUAAAAUCAAUAUGUUGUACUAACACUUACAAUGCCAGUUGUGAAAAUAAAAUAAUUUAAAUAUGCAGUCAGAAAAUUGUAUCUAUCAUCACUUUCUCUGCCAUAUAAAAUUACUCAAAUUUUGAAUGCUUGAUAUAGAUUCUACCUUAGAUGUAGCACCCCCUGUAGCUUUCAGGCUAAUCUUCCCCUUCCCCUGCCCAAGAGACAGACAAUGCAGCUCAGCUGGAUGAAUUUGAAUAUAUCAGCCAAAAAUUAAUAUUGGAAGAGUAUCUUCACAUUCAAACUUUGCAUGCUAGCAAUUCAGUAUCACCUACUGAUAUUUAAAAGCAGUUUAUUUUUGUGUUUAGGGUGUUUUUUUGGGGGGCAGGGGGUUUAAAUGUUGCUUUUUCAAUUUAUUCCAUGAAUUCUCCAUUUGAGCCUUCUGUUUUUUUGAUUGAGUGUUUUCAGAGGCCAUGAAAAGUGCAGCUAACUCUAGAUGCUGGGGAAAAACACGUGACAGAGUAACACAGCUUUUUAUUUAAGAAGUAACUCACCCCUCUUGGAAAGGACCCGCAUCACAGUAAUGUGCUCCCAGGCUGUGUGUUAGCCAACGAGGGUGUUUGCCUUGGGCUCAAGCACUGGCACUAGCUUUGCACAGAUGGGAUAGCCUGCUAAAGUACACAGAGCUGUUUGCCCAGCUCUCCUUCCACCAGAACCCACAGCACAAGAGGAUUGAGGAGAUAAUGCACCCUGAGCCCCACCCCACCUUAAAAUGACAUGGUUUCAAUGCUUCUUCAUGAGUGGAAAAAUGUUUUACUACACAGAUUCCGUCAACUUGACUUUGGCUUUCUAAAUUUUUUCUGCUAAUGAGAUUGAAAGCUUAGUAAGAUCUUGCUUGGGUUUGAAACUCGUGGAAAAUUGUCACCUUCCAGCUGGAAAUGAACCAAAGCUACCCUUGUCAUGCCACGUUAUCAUGGCCACUGCCUAAUAAAGGUUAUUGACCUGAGCAGGAUGGCUCUGUUCUUAGCAAGCUGCUGGUGGGAGGGACAGACGAACCAAGUUUACCAAGACAGACGUGGGAGUUUUCAUGUUGUGAUUUUGGUUUGAGACUUUUUUGUUGAUUUUUUUUCUUUUGCCCAAAGGAAAGCAAGGGUUUAUUUGUAAAUGUUUAUCUUCUAGGAUAAUGUGAUGUUUACAUUCUUGGAAUGCAAAACACUGCUAUGCUGCUUGUUGUUUUCCUCCUUAUCAUUUCAGCAUCUUUUUGAAAAUAUAUGAAUAUACAUGCCAUGCAAAUGAGGGUUUAUAAGUCAAUAAAUAAUUGUAUUUGCAUUAGUGCGGAUGCAAAUUUUGAGGUCAAGUUACAGUCAUUAAUAUAGUUUUAUAAGCAUUUCUUUUUACCUUGACAAAAAUAACUCAUCUUUGAAGCAAUUACUGUCAUGCAAGCCACUCAACUAUUUUGUACAACUUGUUUUUGCUUUGCCAUGCUAUUUGCUCUAUCCAAUGUGGCUAAUCUGUGCAAACGCAAUAGGAAAACAAUUUGCUGGCUGGUAAUCCUGUUGUUCAGCAGGCCAGACCUUGUAUGACAUCUCUGUAACUCUGCUUGUGCAGUGUCUGGGUUCAGCAGUGACUCCCUUUCUAGCAGAAGCAAACACCAAGUGUUUGUUACAUGGCAAAUGAAUUCAGCUUGCAUGAGCUUCUUGCUCCUUGGGGUGGAGCUGUGAAACAAAGAAGAAAAAGUAAUUCUACAAAUAAAGGUCUGGACAUGAGAGUUAUGAGAUAAAUAUCUGCCAGAAUCUAGAGAGAGUAGGGUAAUAGUCCAAUGUCAGUACUAGAGGCGUACCCAGGCCUAUGACUUUAAUAAUGAUGUAUAUCUGCUGUAUAUAGAAACAUUUAUGACCUCAUGCUGUAAUUUGGGUGUCCUUUAUAAAAAAAAACUGGACACAUUAGGUAAAGGUUUGAAGUGAUUUGCUUGGAAAUAUAAUUUGGAGGUCAUCCUUGUGAAAUACUGCAACAGCCACGUCAUUGGAAGAAAAGAUCAAACCAAACUGACAGCCUGGGGGGAAGCAGAAACUUUAAAAUGAGACUAUAUGAUCAUCAGAGGAAUAAGCAGUGUAAUAACUAUUACAGAAACAUAGGUGAAUUCAUAGCUACUGACUCACUGAUUUUUCACUGCAUAUUAAAUGAUUCUUAAUUUAAAUUUUAAAAAAAUCUAACACAGGCAAGAGCCUCAGCGUUAGAUAUUUCCCUUCAGAACAUUUUCAAACACCAAUUUACAAAGAAAACAACUUUUUUGACCUUCAGGGUGCCUUUUGGCUGAUGUAAGUGGCUUUGAAGGACGUUUUGCUUCCUUCCUCGUGCAGCGAUAGUGCCAAUGACAGUUCUGUUGUAUGAGGCCUCAGGAGGGUUAGAUGCAAACACAGAUGACACUAUACUGUUUGGCUGAGGAAGUUCUUGAUUGUAACCUGAUGGCAUAAUGAACAACAGAAGGUGUCAAGUGUUAUUACAGUUAAUGGGCCUCAGUUUUCUUGUCAUGAGCUUGAACACAUCUAAUCCUCCUCGCAGCACAGCUUCCACCAUGAUAAGGCAGAAGGAAUUGUCAGGACUGCCAAAAACCUGGGCUUUGGGUUUUAUUGUUUUUUCCUCCCUACCCGCAUCCCCCCAUCUCCAGAUGGAGAGGGAUAGGUAAGUGGGAGCAUAUCAGAAUAACGAAGCCUGUAGAAAGAAUUACUAGACUAGAGAAAAACAUCAGCAGAAGGCAAAGGCAGCCUUCCAGUACAGCUCAUGUCACACCAUGUAUGGACUAUCCUGUUUAUAGCAAAUGAAGAUUUGAAGCCAGCAGCAGCUGAAAAUGUGACUGCAAGCAUCAAGCCACUGGUAGCUAAGCAAAUAUUGCUGCGCAGAUAGCCAGAUUCCUGGGACUUGAAUAUUCUUGCUAACCUUGGUUGCAAGUGGCAUCUAAAACCAGAGGUAAAGCGUGAAGGGCACAGGAAGACACACAUGCAAGGCUGGUGUCUGGCAGCAAAGAACAGGUGACAGAUUCAAAUGCACAGGUGACUGAUUCAGCACCUACCUAUCAACAUGGAUUGAGACAAGAUGAGCAAGAUAAGGCAAUAAAAUCAUUGAAAACAAUUUAACAAGACAGAUGUAGUCAGAAAACUAUUACAAAAGUAAGAAAAAUCAUAAAAAUAGUUGAAUAAAGCAAACUGAAAAUAUUUGAUUUAUAAAUGAAAAAAAUCAGUAUUUCAGUAAAAGUAUUUCAGUGAAAAUAAUGCAAAAAAUAAUAAUAUGUCCUUUAUGAAAGCAAUUAAUGUAGAGGACAGAAGCCUCCUACCAUUAAAUAAUGCUUUGCUGUUCAUUAGUCUGAGUGGUUUAUGCAACUGGUAUUUACAAUUUUUUGUUAUAUCUAACUAUGAAUGAAAAGGGAAUUAAUAAAGAGAUUGGAAAUAGAAGGGAGAAAGAUAACACAACAUCAUGGAGUUUUAUAAGCUUCAAAUAGUUACUUGAGUGGAAAAGAAUUCCUCUGAAAAUUUUGCUUUCAGCAUGCUGCCAGAAGUAAGCUCAGUUUUACUACUGCAUCUCCUUAUUGUGUAUGGCCAGAGGUACUGGCCAGCACUUAAUGACAGCGACGAGAGAUUUAUGGCAGAGACAUAAAUACAGUGAGUAGCAGAAAGGCUAUAUAUAAUGGAAGUGCAAAUCAUGUUCCUUUACAACCAUAACUCUGAAAGAAUAAAUACUAAACUGUUUUCCUUAGGGAACAAUUUGAGUGAUUCCUAUGGCCUGGUUGUGAGGAUAGCUACUUGCUCUAAGGCUUGAGGCUUGGCAAAAAUGAUGCAUGAAAAUGAAAAUAAAAGCCUGGGUGUAUCUUGAAGGCAAUCAUGAAAUGAAGAACAUCACCCAGAAAAAAUCACGAGUGAAUUGAAAAAAGGUCUAAAACUCAAAACUCUCUACAGGCAUUAAAUCCAGCUAAUAUUGUACUGGGUUUUUCUCCUUGUAGAGAGAAAGAAGCAUCACAGGAGCUCCCUCAGUGUCAGGGAAGACAUCUGUAGAGCUUUCCCUCUUGUCAAGCUCCUUAUUAACUGAAUUCAACCUGAGUUUGCAAAUAGUGUACUAUUUUCUUUAAAAAUAAAAUAAUAAAAAAAGAUCUUUCACAAAACAAACAGCUAUCUUUCCUAGCCUUAGGCACAGCUGAACAGCUGUGAAGAAGCACUAUAGCAAUUGCUGUGCCAGUCACGGCAGAGGAACAGAGCCUUUCACAGGUGGCUCCCAUUUUCUGGGUUGCUGACUUGCGACCUCCCUGUUUGAUUUGCAGAAGCACUGAGUACUUGCAGCUGCAGCUGGAGUUAAUAGUAGCUGGGCUUUGAACAUGGAAAAGCAUCAUGAAACAAGUCUUCUGAAAAGCAGUUUUCAGCACUUUCAGACUGAGUAUCCGAAAUUAUGUGACAAUGCAAAAGGACUCAAAGCCUUCUACGAUGCAAUAAAAUUUGGACCUAAUCAUCUGAUGGUUUUUGGUGGUGUAUGUGCAACAGUUACUUCUAUCAUUGCUGAAUCUCUGAAGGGAUGGAAUUUGGUUCAGCUUUCAUUUGCAGCAACAACUCCAGAGUUGGCUGAUAAGAAAAAAUAUCCUUAUUUCUUCCGGACAGUGCCAUCUGAUAAUGCAGUGAACCCAGCAAUUUUGAAGUUACUCAAACAUUAUCAUUGGAAAAGAGUAGGAACUUUAACCCAGGAUGUACAAAGGUUCUCUGAGGUGAGGAAUAAUCUGACUGGCGUCCUUGAUGGCAAAGACAUCGAGAUUUCAGAUACUGAGAGUUUUUCCGAUGAUCCCUGCACAAGUGUGAAGAAGCUUAAGGGUAAUGAUGUUCGGAUAAUCCUUGGCCAGUUUAAUGAGGAAAUGGCUGUGAAAGUUUUCUGCUGUGCUUAUGAUGAAGAAAUGUAUGGCAGCAAAUAUCAGUGGAUUAUUCCAGGGUGGUAUGAAAAUCUUUGGUGGGAAGCAUGGAUUAAUUCCUCACAGUGUCUCAUCAAAAAUCUUCUUGCAGCCAUGGAAGGUUAUAUUGGAGUGGAUUUUGAGCCUCUCAGCUCAAAAACAAAUAAGACUAUAUCAGGAAGGACUCCACAGCAGUAUGAAAAGGAAUACAACGCUAGACGUGGUGAUGGGCAAUCCAGCAAGUUUCAUGGUUAUGCCUAUGAUGGAAUAUGGGUGAUUGCCAGCACCCUACAGCGGGCAAUGAAACACCUGAAUUCCACCAACAAGCACCAAAAAAUUGAAGAUUUUAACUACUCAAAUCAAAAACUUGGCAACAUUUUUCUGAAUGCUAUGAAUGAAACCAGGUUCUUUGGAGUAACGGGUGAUGUUGUUUUCAAAAACGGAGAGAGGAUGGGAACCAUCAAAUUUACGCAAUUCCAAGAACAAAAAGAAGUAAAGGUGGGAGAAUACAAUGCUGUGGAUGACACAUUGGUAAUAAUCAACAACAGCAUCAGGUUCCAAGGAGUCGAGCCUCCAAAGGACAAAACAAUUAUACAAGAGGAGCUGCGCAAAAUCUCCCUGCCCCUCUACAGCAUCCUGUCUGCCCUCACAAUCCUAGGAAUGAUCAUGGCCAGUGCUUUCUUGUUCUUUAACAUCAAAAACAGAAAUCAGAAACUAAUAAAGAUGUCCAGUCCCUACAUGAACAACCUUAUUAUCCUUGGAGGGAUGCUUUCUUAUGCAUCUAUUUUUCUUUUUGGUCUUGAUGGAUCCUUUGUCUCCGAAAAGACAUUUGAGACACUUUGCACAGUCCGAACAUGGAUUCUUACAGUGGGAUACACAACUGCAUUUGGAGCAAUGUUUGCAAAAACGUGGAGAGUCCAUGCAAUUUUCAAAAAUGUGAAAAUGAAGAAAAAGAUCAUUAAAGACCAGAAGCUACUGGGGAUAGUUGGAGGGAUGCUACUGAUUGAUCUUUGCAUCCUGAUUUGCUGGCAGGUUGUGGAUCCUUUGAGGAGGACAGUGGAAAAGUAUAACAUGGAGCCUGACCCUGCGGGCAGAGACAUCUCCAUCCGACCAAUCCUGGAGCACUGCGAAAACACCCACAUGACCAUCUGGCUUGGGAUUGUCUAUGCUUACAAAGGGCUGCUGAUGUUAUUUGGGUGUUUCCUUGCCUGGGAGACACGAAAUGUCAGCAUUCCUGCUUUGAAUGACAGCAAGUACAUCGGAAUGAGUGUGUACAACGUGGGGAUAAUGUGCAUUAUCGGUGCUGCUGUUUCAUUCCUUACUCGAGACCAACCCAAUGUGCAGUUCUGCAUCGUUGCUUUAGUCAUAAUAUUCUGCAGCACCAUUACUCUCUGCCUUGUGUUUGUACCUAAGCUCAUCACACUGCGAACAAAUCCAGAUGCAGCCACACAGAACAGACGGUUUCAGUUCACUCAAAAUCAAAAGAAAGAAGACUCAAAAACAUCGACAUCAGUCACCAGCGUCAAUCAGGCCAGCACAUCUCGACUAGAAGGAUUGCAGUCAGAGAACCACCGCUUGAGAAUGAAAAUUACAGAGCUAGACAAAGACUUGGAAGAGGUCACAAUGCAACUUCAGGACACUCCUGAGAAAACAACAUACAUUAAGCAGAACCACUAUCAGGACCUUAAUGACAUUCUUAGUAUACGGAACUUCACAGACGGCAAAGAUGGUGAGAAAGCCAUUUUGAAAAAUCAUCUUGAUCAAAAUCCACCAGCACAGUGGGGCUCAUCAGACCCUUCCAGAACAAGCAAAGAUCCCAUAGAAGACAUCAACUCUCCAGAACACAUACAGCGCCGGCUGUCCUUGCAGCUGCCCAUCCUUCAUCACGCCUACCUGCCGUCCAUAGGAGGAGUUGAUGCCAGCUGUGCCAGCCCGUGUGUAAGCCCCAGUGCCAGUCCUCGGCACAGACACGUGCCACCCUCCUUCCGAGUGAUGGUUUCAGGGCUGUAGGAGGGUGAGAUCAGUGCUUCCUGAACUGCUUUUAAGUACUCAAAGACUGGACUAAACAUCUGACCUAGAACUCUGCUACAAACGUGUAACAUUGGCUCUUACCGCAGAGGAACUUCUGCUGAGGCCCUCGUCACAGGAGUGCCCACGUAACUCAUGUGAAAAAGCAAAGGAGGACACAAAGAGUUUGAUCUGUAGCCUUAUUCAUGGAGUUUUUAUUUCUUCACCUAGAAGUCACUGAAAAAUGUUUCUUCCAAAAUUUCUACUAGCAACAAGGAUGCUGGGAUAUAUGGAUCUUGCAAAAAAGACACUAGGGAAAAAAAAACCAACAAGAAACCACUCCAAUGUCACUGAGCUCUACGUGGCUGCUGAGAACAUGCAAUUCUAUACUGUAUCCAUGUAAGGAAAAUGUAGUGGUCGAGCUAUACCAUGUUGGAAUAGAUACACUCAUUUUUACAAGAAUUGUGUUAAAUUGCUGGAAACAUUCUGCACUGGUUAGUCUUGCUUUUUUUCAUUUCAGGGAUGGUGUUUAGUAGGAAAGAAGAAUUGUGAGAAAUGAUUCCUCGGGUGUCAUUGAGACUCUGCAGUGCUGUGAGCAGGGUCACCUUUACCUUGCAGCUGUAUGUGUAACCCAAGCAGAGCCUGAAGCUCCAGCUCUGAGUUGCCACCAGCUGGAGAGCUGCUGUUUGCAAGCAGAGCACUUCACCCUUCUCCAGGGCAAUGACAGUGACUGCUGACCAUCUGCAGCUUCAUUUUUAGCAAAGUUUCUGCACCUAUUUCAGGAUAAACACCACCAACCAUAACACACUAAACUGUCUGAAAAAAGUCCUAGGGCUGUUAACUCAGGAAACUGAGGACAGAUGGCUAGUAAAGUCUUAAUGCCACAGGACGAAUUGUUUUUCCUAGUUUGUUUGAAUUGUGUCACACAUAGUUACAAUAAAAUUAACUGAGUGGACUUGGGGGGGGAGGGAUUAGGGCACAGCACUUUGCUGCUGCAGGCAAAACCUGCAGGGCACAUAGAUGUGAAUAUACACUAUGUUUGCUUCGUACCUGCGUACGUGUGACAGUUGUAGUGGAUAGGAGAGGACAAAUCAAACCUACCAAUAGAAUAUUUUACCUGACUCCUGAAAGGACUGUGAAAAAACAGUGGAGUUCAUACUUUAGCUCCUUUCCCUGAACCAAAGUAAUUAGGAGGAAUGAUAGUGGUGUACUGUCUGGACCAACUCUGGAGCCAAACCCUCAGGCACAGGUGAGACACACAUGCAGCUUCUUUUUCCAUGGAACUGGAAAUGUAUCCUCCCACUACCAGGGCUAUUUGCUAAAAGUAGGGAAAAAAAAAAAAAAAACAAAAAACAAAACACAUGAAGCACCCUCUGGGCUCUCAGUUUUCUUUAAUCAACACUUGUGCCCCUCAGACCGAACCUUUGGAAUGACAUUUGUACAAAGGUUUACAAAUCAGCAAUGACUGAAGCACAGCUGAAGGGGUUCCUUAGCGGAGGGAUUUAACUGCAGCUUUGACAAGCUAGCAUAAAUCUCCAUUAAAAAUAAAACACACCUCAUAGUGGCCAAAACCAACAUGAAUAUGUAUCUGAAUCUUACGAUCAGGAGCAUCACAAAAUAUUUCACUUGGCACAUACAGUAAGAGAGGUUGUGGAAAUAUCUGUAGCUUUUAGAACAAAAAAACAUGUAAGUAUAAACACAGAUAAACUAGAACUCAUUACUCUGUUUAAGCACUAAACACUGACGUCGUCACUCAAUGUGUGUUGACAGUAUUCUCUUGCUUUAUUAAUAUCAUCAGGGCCUGGUUUAUUUUAAAAGGAAUGUUAAUUUUUAAAAAGAGAAAAUUAUGAUAUUGUAUAUAAUGUAUGCACAAAGAUCUCUGUAGAAAUAUUAUUCCAACUUAGCAGGAAAACAAAAAAUAAUUCAGAAGUAUCGGACCAUUGGAGGUGAGUGUGUGUGUGUGUGUGUGUGUGUCUGUAACUUCGUGAAUACUGACUGUGGGACGUUUAUUAGGUUUAAACCAUGCAGUACAUUCUUUGUCUCAAUGAUACGGUAGUUUCUCCCAUAACAUUUUUUUUACUUUACUGCAGAUAACAAGACCAACCAAGUGAAUAUAGCUAUUUAAUGUUUCUGUUCUUUUAUACUGCAGCAAAAAUGUACUGUAAAUUUAUGAAGAGGCUGUGCCCCAAUGGCAUUUCCCAAUGAUGUUAGUGCACAAAUGCUUUAAACUAGACUGGAACUGCCAGAAUAAAAUGUAAAUGAAGAAUUUCUUGUAUAACCUUAUACUGCAUGAGAUCAAUUUUUAAUAAAUUGUUGCAAAUCUGUUUUUAUGAAUAAAAUAUAUAAAACUUA